UAGGUCUCACACUCUCUCUCUCACUCUCUCUUGCGGCUAGGGUUUUUUUUUUUCACUCUCUGCUGUCGUUUUUUUUCUUCUGUAUCGCCGGAAACUGUAACUUAUAGAUCUAUGUAUACACAUCUGUGUUUAUGGAGGAUUUGAUAAGCUAGGGUUUUUCUUGGUCGCCCGAGAAGGUGAAGUUCGUGGAGUAUCGAGGGGUAUUUUUGGGAUUAGACGGAGAUGGCGACCAUGAACCCUUUCGAUUUGUUGGAAGAUGACGCGGAGGACCCGUCUCAACUGAUCGCGGCUCAGCAGCAGAAGGUCGCUGCUGCGACGAAGAAAGAGCUGGGUCAGGGUAAGCCGGCGGCAGCUUCUGCUCAGCAGAACAAGCCCGCUAAACUCCCAUCAAAGCCACUCCCUCCGGCUCAAGCUGUGAGGGAGACAAAGACCGAAGCUGUUCGAGGCGGAGGUCGUGGAAGUGGACGUGGUUAUGGGCGUGCUCGUGGUGGAGGUGGACGUGGAUAUGAUCGGGAGUCCGUCUUCAACAAGAGUUCAUACAACACUGGAGCGCCUGCUGGUCAAGGUGCUCCGGAAGAUGGAGAGGCUGUGAAAACCUCUGAAAGGCGUGGCUUUGGUGGACCUCGUGGUCCUUACCGUGGUGAUUUCAGUAAUGGAGAAGCUGGUGAUGAGGAGAGGACUCGCAGGCCCUUUGAACGUCGUAGUGGCACUGGGCGUGGAAAUGAAUUUAAGCGUGAAGGGUCUGGCCGCGGUAACUGGGGAUCUCCAACUGAUGAACUUUCUCAGGUGACCGAGGAAGCUGCUAAUGAGAAGAGUCCGGGUGAUGUGAAGCCUGUGGGGGAGGAGGUUACAACUGAUUUGAACAAGGAAACCCCUGCUAAUGAAUCUGAAGAAAAAGAACCUGAGGAUAAGGAGAUGACUCUUGAGGAGUACGAGAAGAUCUUGGAGGAGAAGAGAAAAGCACUCCAGGCACUUAAGACUGAGGAAAGAAAGGUUGAUGUCAAAGUGUUUGAAUCCAUGCAACAGCUUUCAAACAAGAAGGGGAAUGAUGACAUUUUUAUUAAAUUGGGAUCUGAGAAGGAUAAACGCAAAGAAGCUGAGAAGGAUGAGAAAGUGAAGAAGUCUGUGAGCAUCAAUGAAUUCUUGAAGCCAGCUGUAGGAGGGAGGUACCAAGGUCCAGGCGGCAGGGGCCGUGGUCGUGGUUCGAGAGGAUUCAGUGCAAGAGAUGGGACAAGCAAUGUCCGAGCCCCUGCCAUUGAAGAUCCUGGGCAGUUCCCGACGUUGGGUGGGAAGUGACCCCACUUCCAAUCUCCUAUGUGUGUUUUUUUUUUCCAAUUUUGGUUCUCUUUCUCCGAGGACGGAAGCUACUAGAAUAAAGUGGUCUUAUGUUAGAAAAGAUUUCUUUAGCUUAUGGUUUAAAAUGUAUACUACAGUCGCUUCAUGUGUUCAUUCAUGUGCUUUGAUACUACAGAUUUGAAAUGGAGGAGCAUGUGAGGCAACUUAUUUAUGCGGUA